CUCAGUCACUCACUCACCAUCUUCUCUUUCAUCAUGGAUUCUCUCUCAAGAACCAACAAUUCCUUCACUGAAACCAGAUUCGAAUAUGAUCCCAAAACAGACCUAAAAGCUUUCGAUGAAACGAAAGCCGGUGUUAAAGGACUCGUAGAUGCGGGAGUAGUCAAAAUUCCCAAAAUCUUCAUCAGACCAUCCAACGAUCCUCCCGAGACACCGAACUCUCGCCUUACGAAUUUGCAAGUUCCGAUGAUAGAUCUGGGGGGCAUCGACGACCGUGAUCGGCGCGAUGAGAUUGUGGAUGAAAUCCGCAGAGCGUCUGAGGAAUGGGGCUUUUUCCAAGUGGUGAAUCACGGAAUCCCUUUCGGUGUGUUAAGUGGAAUGAUUGAUGGUGUUCGUAAAUUUAACGAACAAGAUUUGGAGGCGAAGAAAGAGUUCUACACGCGUGAUCGGAAUAGAAAAGUGAGAUUCAAUAGCAAUUUUGAUUUGUAUCAUGCAAAAGCUGCGAAUUGGAGAGACACAUUGACAAUUUCUAUGGCGGUUCCUGAACUUGUCCCUGAGGAACUGCCCUCAGCUUGCAGUUGCUUUCACAUACAGAGGAGAGAAGAGGCGAGAGAGCGAAGAGAAGAGAGAAGAGAGGAGGAAGAGA